AUGUGGGGUCAGUCAUACUUUGACUGUGGCGUUAUUCCAGAAGUAUACGCAACUGUAGAUUUUGGAAUUUCAUCAAACGCUUCUCAAUGUUUUGACUUCAUGAGAAAGGUUCAAAAAGGAGGUCCACUAGUGAACUCAGAGUUCUAUCCCGGUUGGUUAACUCAUUGGCAAGAAUCAGUAUCUAUAGUCAACCCCAUCGAUGUUGUAAAACAAAUGAAAGUAAUGUUGGCAAUUAAUGCUUCGUUUAAAAUUUUCGGUACAAAUUUUGGAUUCACAUCGGGAGCGAAUACAAAUGACACCAAAGAAAGUAUUGGAUACUUACCACAGUUGACCUCAUACGAUUAUAAUGCUCCAUUGGAUGAAGCUGUAGACCCUACAGAAAAGUAUUUCAAAAUUAAACAGACACUUGAAGAAGCCAAAUAUGCUGUGACAAACGAGAUAUCACCAAAUCCCGCACCCAAAGGUGCCUAUGGAAAAUUCUAUUUAAGACCUUUGGUUAGCAUAUUUGAAAAGGUUGCUCAACGUAUUAAACCAGUGAUCAGUGAUGUUCCUUUACCGUUUGAGGACUUAGAUAUUAACACUGGUUUUGUAAUGUAUGAAACAACAUUAACAGAUGAUCAAAAAAAUGUUGAAAAUCCAGUAAACCUAACUGUGAACACGGUUAGAGAUCGAGCAAUCAUUUACCUGGAUCAAGUACAAGUGGGUACUAUGAAUCGGUUGAAAGCUAAUACUACACCCCAUAUAUUUUAUUAG